GUCUAAGGAUGAAGCUGAGCAUUGUUGCGGUCCUCAUUGUUGGAGUAGCUGGUGCCAUGGCGAAUGGAGGAGAGUAUGGACGUGAUCUAGCAUGGCUGCCCGCACCGAGACCUUGAACCCAUUCACAUUUAACUAAUUUAUUAGAUUUGCACAUGGAACACGCACAUCUCGGAGGGGUUGGGUAGUACUUUGAGUAGUACUAUAUGUGAUAUGCGACACUUUUCGCACUGUGUGCAAACAUAUAAACAAAAGGUUCCCGGGGUCACUUUAUCGAUUCGACGUUCGGUCAAUGGGGGUUCUGCCUGUUAUCCAAUGCACUGAAAGGAAGGGCUUUGCUUAACUAUUCUGCAAUCCUUAGUCGUACCUCGAGUCACAAUCGCGUUUAAAUCCGAUGAUCUCCACUUGAUCUCUGCCUGGAUGAUUCGAUUCAAACGAUUAAGUGGAGAUUUAUUGAGUUUCUCCCUAUGGUAAGUUUCGCUCGCGAACAGGAGUUUAUUUUAGAAGCAAAUAUUAACAACUGCCAGAGCCGAUAUCCACAACAACCCGAAAAGCUAAACAACCGCAACCCUAACUAGACCAUCCCUUGGCUCCGCUGCACCCCCCAGCGAGAGCCGAACGCACGAAGGUCUACGAGUGAAAUCAAUCGGCACACGGAGCCGGCCUCACCGGAGCGAAAAGAAAGAAAAACCCCUUUGCACCUGUUCCAGCGAGUCAUCGAAGGGGUGGAACACGCACCUGAGACCACGACCCAAGUGGUUACUAGGCAGGGCUCUGUUGUUUUUGGUUGCCCCAGGCAACCAUAGCCUUGAUAUGGAAUGGACUCUGCUUGGCAAAUGUUGAGCGGGAGUCAAUCAAAAUGGACGAACAGGUCAGCCAGGGUUCAGGGGAUGAGAGUGUGGAGCCGGCGAGGGGCUUCCUUGAGGAGAUCAACUGCCCAGAGCCGGGCAUCAUUGAUCGCCAGAUGAUCGAGACAGCAUACCUAGGGCAGGGACAAAAGGGCGAGUCGAGUCGCCUGCAUCAGCUGGAGCCUGUGGUCUACGAACGCAUACAAACCAUGAGACUGGAGUUUAAGAAUCUUUUGCGCAUCGACCACCUCUGGAUGUUACCCAAUCUCACCAAGCUGUGCCUCAACUGCAACAAAAUCGAGGUCAUCGAGCACAUUGGAAUGCUCACAGCGCUCAAGGAGCUGAAUCUCAGCUUCAAUUACAUCACGAAAAUCGAGAACCUGGAGACGCUGGUCAAUCUGGAAACCCUCUCGUUGUUCAGCAAUCGCAUCACGAAAAUUGAGAACCUGGAGAACCUCGAAAAGCUGGUCAUUCUCAGCAUUGGCAAUAAUCUGAUCGACACGGUUGAUGGGAUCGAACGACUGCGCUUUGUAAACAGCCUAAAAGUACUUAAUCUGGAAGGUAAUCCCAUUGCACAGCAACCAGAUUUCCCUUUAUCUCUCUAUGUGACGGCCAUUCUUCCCCAAUUGAAUUACUACGAAUAUGUGUUCAUCAAAGCGGAUACACGGGAUGCGGCACGGAAGCGUUUCUAUCGCGAGCUACGUGAGAUCGAGGACAAGCAAGAGCGUGAGAUUCAGGCUCUUCAAACGGCUGCAAGGGAGGCAGCCGAGGCAGAGCGACUAUCCUCCAGCUUUGUGGAGCAUCUAGAUGGACAUCAGCUGUACGAUUCCCUGUGGCGAGACGACGAGAACGGGCGACUCCUAGUGCUGAUAGGGGCUCCGGCGCAAGAGCUCACAGAGGAGUAUGCCAAAGACGUUCACCAAUUGACCCAGAAAAUCUACAGGCUGGGCCUAGAGCGCUUUGGAGAACGCGAUAAGGAGAUCCAAGAUUUUAACUCAAACAUGGAAGAAGGGCAGCAAGAGCUGCAGUCACUGGGCCAGUCGCAGAUCGAAGAGUUUAUGCAAUACAAGGAGCGAACAUUCGAGGAACUGCGCGCGAUGCUGCGUGAGCUGGAGGAGAGCGAGGACGGAUCAGAAGCGUACGCACAGGUGGACACACUCAAUCGACAAUUUGAUGAUGCCCUCAACGAGAUGUGGCAGAGCUUGAUGUCCCAGGAAUUACAUUUGCAUGAGGCUGUUGAGGAAUCCACGCGGAACUUCCAUCACAAAAUCUCCCAACUGAUGGCCGGCUUUGUGGAGCAAGCUCAGGUGUUCUUCCUGCAGCUACACGAUGUCAGCGGCCAUUUUGCAGACAACAUGACGGAGAUGGUGACGCAAUUCCUGGCCACCAAACAGGCUCGUCGCGAACUUGGUGCUGUGCCCAAGGAGUUGACAAUGUGUGUGGACGAUCGCGAGGCUGUCCUCAAACUGGUCGAGGGCAUGCGAACAACUCACAACUUGCGCAUUGAUGAACGCGAGGAUCGCAUGGCCCUGCGCAGCAGGGAGUUCAUUGACAACAUGAUUCAGCAGCUGAACAGGAAGUCGACCGACAUCGUGCCAAAAUAUUGGAAAUAAAUUGGUUCAUGGAAAUGAUGUCAGAGGCUCUGGCCAAUCUUCCACAGGAGUUGAACCAGGAAUAAGUUUUUGGGAGUAACAAUUUAAUAUACAAAUUUCUAUAAUAAAUGCAGCACACUUUGGACAGCACCA